GUGAAUGGCAUCAAACAAGACGAGGCGUUAUCUCGUGUUUGCAUUGAUUUUUUGUUUCUAGGUUACACGAAAUAUACAUAAUUCUUUUGGUCGUUAUUUUUUGCUUCAUUAUGCGGCGUGUUCUCCUCACCUCGGGUCAAGUAUCCAUGCUGGCCACGGCCUCUAUGAUCCUUCUUUGUGCGAGUGCUCUCUUUCUCAGUGGUUACGCCAUUCAGCAGCGGACUCUGCGGGAAUUACGAGCAGCUAUCCGGCCGCGCCAGUCUCCCAAGGCGCAUCUACCCGAAGAGUUCAGGGGAGCCCUCGCGGAUCUGGAUGAAAGCUCGCUGCUUGUGAUUGAGACAGAGGCGCAACGAUGGUCUAGGGAAGCUCGUGAAUUGGCGUCGCCCCAGAUCAAGGUUUCGGAUGCGGAGAUUCAGGUGGAGGAGACGCCGGUAGAGUCUAAGCCGGAGCCGGAGCCGGAGCCGGAGCACAAGGAGCAGAAAGAGGAGGAACACAAGGAAAAGAAGGUUGCCGUGCCUGAUGGCGAGCCGACAAAGGAGCAGCUGGCAAUGCUUGCAACGAUCCAGAAGAGCGUCAAGGACAAGUCCUGGGCUGUGGAACACCCUGAUCCGCUGGCUAAGAACAAGGCCCCGAUUUCAGCAGCAGAGCGCCGCAGGUUGAUUAAGGAGGAGAUUAAGAAGCUGGCCCAGUCAGAAAAGCCCGUCUACUACCAGAGGAGGCUGUGGUGAAUGGUUUAUAAUUUUGGCGAGGUCAUGGUGUUUUUUGAUUGCUUUUUGGGCGGAUAUUUUCAUGGGUCGGUUUUUGGAUAUAUGAGGAACACGAUAUAAGGCGGCAUGAACAUUUAUGGAGGAACAACUUACAUAUACGAAUUGGGUACAUGGUGGAUCUUUUGAUGUUUACUUCAAUACAUUCAUUUUCUUUGAUCCUGGAAGAUCUUAUCUAUCUCUACUCUCUCCACCUCUGUUACCACUUCUAUUGCAACCGGCCCUAACAUAUGAGUCAAGGCAAGUAUUCCGAAACAUAUUACUACAACUAGAAGCUGCCUACUAUUUAGAAAUGCAUCAAUUCAGGCCCCAUUUUAUGAAUCUAAUACUCUACCAAGGGCUGAUAUUUACUAGUCGCUCUAUAAUGGCUCCAAGAUGCGGGCGU